GCUGUGACCCCAGCACCCCGAUAUGGGACAGCAGGGACAGGGUGGCCCGAGCCGGGCGGCCUCGUAUGAGUCAGCAGCGUCACAUGAGGCGCGCAGGGAGCAGGGCAGGAAGGGUGCCCAGGGGCGGGGGCAGCCUGGCUUUAAAAGUCCUCGCGGGGACAAGCUCCUCUCCACACCGUCCCCAUGGCCCCUGCCGUGCCGCUGGCUGUCCUGACACUGGUCGCCCUCCUGGCCCCAGGGCUUGGGGUGGCCUUGCCCGGCUGUGACUACCCAACCCACCUCUGGUGCAGCUCGUGGGAGAUCGCCGUCGCCUGCCAGGCUGAGAGCCACUGUGCCAAUCUGUCGAGCCCAGCGGCCCCCCCAGUGGAGCUGACCCUGUUUUAUGAGAGCCUGUGCCCAGCGUGCCGCUGGUUCCUGGUCCAGCAGCUCUUCACCACCUGGCUGCUGCUGCCCGCCGAGGCCCUGAGCAUCACCCUGGUGCCCUAUGGCAAUGCCCAGGAGAGGAACGUCAGUGGGAAGUGGCAAUUCCUGUGCCAGCACGGCCCAGAGGAGUGUUUGGGCAACAUGAUUGAGACCUGCCUGAUGCAUGAGGCCAAGAACUUCAGCAGCUACUUCCCUGUCAUCUUCUGCCUGGAGUCAGGCAGCUCCAUCACCAAGAACCUGGAGGCUUGCCUGCAGGUCUAUGCCCCGCAGCUGGACGGGGGCCGCAUCGCUGCCUGCGUGCAGGGGGACGCGGGGGCAGCCCUGAUGCACCACAACGCUCAGCUGACCCAGGCGCUCGACCCCCCGCACCAGUAUGUGCCCUGGGUCGUCAUCAACGGGAAGCACACAGAGGAACUGCAGGAGCAGGCCCAGGCUUCGCUGCUGGGGCUCAUCUGUCGCCUCUAUCAGGGAGAGAAGCCCAAAGCCUGUGGGGGCUCGGGGGGCCCAAGGGCGCCGUUUCUCUGCGGACGCUGAGGGGCGGCGCAGGAGCAGCGACGGAGAGAGUGGGAGCAGCGA